GGCGUACGCAUUUCCUUUUUCGGUGCCAGGAUUCAAGACAUUCAGAACAUGGCUCACAUGCCGAAAUUCAACAUUGGGUAAGGGUUGUGCUGUUCUUCUUGGGUUCCUUCCACAGCUCUAGUCAAUGGCAAAAUGACGUGGUAUUAAGCAAGCUUGCUCUCUGCCCAUCAAAGCUUGUCUUCUCGUAAAGAGCGACCUGUUUCACCACAGGCAGGCGUUGAAAGCCAAAGGCAGUAGCUAGCGCCAAUGAUUUGACUUGAGCAUGGGUGGUGGACCAAGGGCUGCGGAGAGGAACAACAACGGGGGGGCGUUGGCAUCAAUGAAUUGCGCGACGUGUGAAAAGAUCAAAAGGAAAAGGCUGACUGCAUCGCCGGCAUUACUGCUAUGUUGGUUGAACAGCCAGAUCUUGUUUGCGAAGUGCUCACGCUGAGAUGCACAAGGCCUUUUUCUUGCCUCACGGUCUUGGGCGAUGCUUUUAGAAGAGAAAGGUUGCAAGGUCUGAUUCUGAGGGCUUGUUCAGACAAAGUUCAAGGCUUGAAGGCCGAAGGCUUGUCCUGAAGCAGGCAAGUUUCAGAAUAGUCUCGUUGAAAGAUCUGUGCGAAAGCUGCUUCCCCCGCUGAAAAGCCAUCGUGCUUUUGGUCAAAUUAGACACCCACAGAUCCUGGCAGAAGAUGCGCGCUGACAACCCUUUUAGGUUUCAGUUCGCCUUUUUCUUUCAGACAGCGAGUUUCACUGCUCAGCACUGACCGCAAAGUGCUAAUGUGACCCUUUCGGUCCGGCAGCUUGCCUUCGCUUGGACAGGAAAGUUGCGAAUAUCUGAUUGUCAGUCCCACCACGUGUCUUUGGCCAGGGUGAUAGCCUAGAACAGAAACGUGUUGGAGCCCAGCGAUGCGCAAGAAAGGAAACAAUGACAAGCGAAAUCGGCCCAAACCUGAUCUAUCCUCGGCAUACCUGACAUCGGCUUGACUUUGUUCCAGUCCUUUCCAACUCUCACUUUUCACCUUGCAUCCAAAUUUCUUGCGGCAGCACAUGCUUUGCCCAGCAAAGAAGGAGCUACUCCCACAACAUGCCGCGAAGGUUUAGCGGUGUAGCCCCGCAUUUCUGCCAUAUUCGCGCACUGAAUGAAGGCAUGAUACGAACUACAAGUACCAAAAGCGUGUACAAACAGUUAUUCAAAAGCUCGUGCAACAUUGCACGAACUUUCGGUACCUCUCAUUAUUGUAAGAACUUGGGCAGAGCAGACCAUCAACAGCACACCUCAACGAAUAAACCUUCCAAGUACCUGCAUGUGCCUCAGACUUGCUCGGACCUUGAACUUGAACUGAUUUUUGAACAUCCAAAGUUCGGCUUGCAACGUGAGACAGCUCAUUUCGAUUGCGUGCAGACGCACGGCUCUGUUCUUCCAUUCGCGCCCUUAAUCGACAUUUGUUGAUCAAAUUGCAACAUCAUUCCGAAAUACAUCUUUCCAUAGGGUAGACUCAGUAGACAGAUCAAGUGUGACCUUGCCAGUUCGAGGCCGGUCUUGGUCAAGGAAGUUUUUUCAGUUCUGACUGCACCCCAGGGCAUUUGUAAGACAACGAUAAGAUAUAGGCAGCCUUGGUUGCCUCAGGCUCUUUCGUCGCACGUCCUUUACAAUCGCAAGGGAGAUCGGAUUCAGAUCUCCUUGACCUGCAUUUUUGAUGGAAAAAGGUGUGGGGGCGCAACGCUCGACGUGAUUCGAUUUGAGCUGAGCUUUUAGCAGCCUGAUAUCUACGCUGUAUCACCUGUAGCUGCACCAAGCUGUGCGCUUCAAGCGAGCUUCAAAAUGGGAGCUUAGAUUUUGAGAACGCCGGCGGCAGUUGCAUCUAAAAUUUUCCCGGAAAAUCGGUAGCCCAAGUUGCCUGGAAGUGCGGUUCAUGUUCAUUAGCUUGUCGCUCAAAAAAACAUUCCUUCUCCCAGGUGGUUUCGUAGCAUGCCUCCGACAGGGCAAGCAAAGAUCAGAUUCAGAUCUCAUUGAUCUGCCGCUUUGAUGGCGCAACAUGAUUCUCCCCAGUUGGUGUUGAAGGGCUACUGCGGGGUGCUAGCAAGACAAGUGCAUCAUGACGGCCUCCACAAGAGCUUGAUGCCAGAGGCUUCGUCAUCCUGAUUCCUUAUGACUUCAUCUGGUUUUCUUUGGGUUGGACUUCGAUCUCCUGCUGUUGUUUUUUUCAAUCCUUCUACUCCGUGUCCUCCAAUUCUAAUUUUGUCCGACAUAUUUGGGCAUUUCAUCCCUUCCGGUAUUGGCAGAUGUGAAAGUACGGAAGCUCUCCCCUUCGACCCGGCUACAGUUGCUGAGACGUUGGCGUGAUGCCUCUCAGCACAAGCCUUUAGCUUGCAUGCCUAUUGUUUGACCCACAGAGUGACGAUGUUCUCGCCUUGCGGUGCGAACAUGAUACCUGCGGCAUUUGUCCAGGUCCUGCAGGUGGCCGUUUUCCCUGAAGACCUGAGAGUUAUCUCCAAUGAUGGAACCUUUCUGACUUCCACCGCGGCUUUGGCAAGCUGAAGAGGCCAAGACGCAGAAGCGCACGCGCUAUGCGGCAAGAUUUUUGCGUGCCGUGGCCAUCGGACUUGGACUGCAAGACGAACAUUCUUCGGGGUCAUGGCGCCCCAGCCUUGUGCAAGCCACGGAAGCACAGAUGGCACGCGAUGAACCUGAUGAGCCAUGACCAACACGAACAUUAGGUGUCCAUCUCUGGGACAUCACUACAUGCAUUUUGGUCCAUUUGUCCAAGAAUUGCUGCAAACGCCGCAGAAAAUGAUUAGAGCCAGGGGACCAGAAGAUCUUGCAAGAUCUCCGGCAAAGUUCGGCCAGCAUGAUGUUCACGGUGCUCGCGGGCUCGCGCGGGCUCGUGUGUUGGCAAGUUGCAAACUUUGGGACGUCUUGGCUGCAAGCAGGGCUGCGCAUCUCUAACACAUGUGACCUUUGCCACAAGAGUGCUCCCGAUGGCACACCAUGCAGCAGGCGUCCUCCUAGCCAGCUUGGACGCAUCCACAAUGCCUGCUGGGCAAAUCUUUACCUUGCGGCUUGGGAGCGAGGACAGAGCGAUGGGAGACAGUGGCCUGCUCCUUCCCAAUCUCUGCAAUUAAACUGCACAGGCUGCAGCACCCUCUCAGAGGUCUACCUGGCACUGAACUGCAGCGUAAAUGCGUGCAGUGCGGCAACAGGACAGCUGCAGCUCCUCUCACUGCCUCUGGAGGCUUCCGUGGAUGCUACUCACCUGGAGCCUGGCAUCCACUACGAGAUUUGCAUUGAUUUGGAUGGUGAAGAGCUCACAGACUUCCCCAGCGGGAAAGCUAUGUGGCAAGUCUAUGCAUCAGCAUUUUCCUCUCCUGGGCACUUCUCACUGCCGCUGUCACCCAGUUCGCAGUUGAAGGUUCCCUGCCUUGGCUGCUCCUCAGCACAAGGCUUCUUGGCAGACAGCUGCCCUUCGAGGAAUCUACAGCCAGAGGAUGCCAUGAACUAUUCGAACGCAUCCAGGUUUAGUGAUACAUGUCUUGGUGGCUCCGAAGCUGCAACUGACGCGACGUCUUUCGUGACAUCUGGGGAGGAGUUUGUUCUUCAACUGGACACCUGUUCACUGGCUCCAGGGUCACAUUUGCCCCUGUGCACCGACAUGGAUGGCUUCAGCUCAAGGCUUGAAAUCGGAGACUCCGGUAUUGAAGUCUAUGUUAGUCCAUUGACAUCAACGGUGGGACCAUCAAGGCUGGUCAAGGGGCAGAGCUCGGUUCUUACCGUGGCUUGCACAGGUUGUAUUAGUGGUCUUUCAACAGCCCAGCUGGCCAUAGCAUGCGACGAGUCACCGAAUGCUGUGCCUCUUGCCAUCUCGCCCAACAGCACCAGCGCGGUUCAGCUGCAAGAAGGUUCACAAGGUUUCACAGCCAGCUUUGACACUCGCGGCUUGGGGAGCGGCCGUCAAUAUCAGGUAUGCUUGGACUUAGAUGGUGCUGGAACGCAAUACCGAGCUGGUGACUCCGGGAUCUCUAUGUACCUGACGGCUAUUGCAUCAAUCAGCUUCGAUGAAAGAGAAGAGUCUGAACCUUCACAGCCAAGAAGAGACGAUGUUUGGCGCUGCUGCACACAUCGAGGAUUCUGGUUUCUACAUCGAUGUCGCUUGAGACCUCACUGUGCGGGAAGGUUCGUUAUGCUGAAGCGCACGUUGUGCCCGCUGUGAGGCCCUUGGCCAGAUCUUCUUUAGCUAUACUAUAUAAGCUUUCUGUAGUUUUCUGUGAGGAGGGCCACAUUGGCCACAGAACUUGUCAUGGACAUUACUGCAAGUUUGUUUCCCCUGUCGUAUCUUGUCAUCAAAAUGCAGUGGCGAAGGCUGUAGGUGAGAUCUCUAAUCUACCCAUUAGGUUGGAGUUUCAAAGGGGCCAGGACUGGCCAAGAGUUGAUUCUGUGCUUUGUUCAUGUUUGUUCUACAGUGAUUAUUGAACCUUCAUUUGUCUUCCUGAUGAGCUCCAUAAUGCUGCCACCUGUGCAAGACACCCGGGAGAUACUUGCGAUGGAUCAGGGCUGGCGCUGGCCCUUCCGACGAAAA